UUUACAAAAAUUGAAAGAAGCGCCAUUGGGUUAUUUGUGCAUUUUUCAAGUGAUUUUAAUAUUUAUGGGCUGUUUAAAGUGUAUAUAUAGUUUCAAAAUUGUAGCUUGAUAUUUCAACUUCCAUUACAAUUAUAAUGACGUGCUUAUUGGUGAUCCUCUAGAUACAAAUCUUCAUUUUAAGAUUUCCCAGUUUGUUUUUAACCGUGGAUAUUUGUGGAAGAAAUUGAAAGGAUUUGACAAUGUAAAAUGGCGGCGUCUUUUGAACUCGAAAAUGUUUUGGUUUUAUUCACUUUUUUUCACGUAUAAGAAUCAGUUUUGAAUGUUUUUGUGAUCUUAAGAAGUCGAAAUAUACAUACAACAAUGGAACACAAUUUGGAAGAAUCUCUCAACUUGGAUAGCGCUAUGAGAGUUGAUUUUGACCAACCAGAAGAAACAGUAUGCCACCAAGGUGAUAUAAUUCUUGACAAUGCAGUUCAAGAGGAUAUUCAAAUGGAAUUUGAGCAUACCGAGGAGCAGCCAAUACUUAUGGAUACAGGAAGUGAAAUAAUAAUUUCUGAUUUAAUUGGAGGUCAAUUCAAUUUACAAAAUGAUCAAAGUGAUCUACCUGUAUUGAGUCAGCCUGAGCAAAACUACAGUGUUGUACCACAAUCGGACACAAUGCUGGACCUGCAGUUAAAUCCACAAAUUGUCACAACAGCAUCUGAUCAACAUCAAAAGAGAAUAAUUAGAGUGCAGACAUCUCCCAAGAAGACUGUCACGUCUAUACCACGGCCAGUUGCAAUAGCUCCCAGAAUAGCUCCCAAACCUCAAAACUUCAUUAAAACCGCUCAAGGGAAACAGAUUGCUAUAGCACCAAAGCCAGUCGCUUUGAUGACAAACAAAAAUGUGAUUAAAAAGAUGUCCAUAGCAAGCACUGUGCAUGGAAACAGUUCGGGAAAAGCUGUUCUAGCACAAAUUGGCAAGCAAAUAGUUAUGGUGCCUGCAAACGCUCAAAAGAUAAAAUUAGUAUCUACAUCUCAAGGUAAUGUGACUUCACUUCAACAGUUAGUGAGAUCUGAUGGUGGCCAGGCUCAAAUAUCUAAAAUUGCAAAUGUCUCACAAGGAAAACCAAUGAAGCUUAUAGCACUGCCAGGUCAACAAAAUGUGGAUCUAAACAAUCCGGCCAUGAUAACAAAGUUAGUACCGGCGGGCGGUAAAUUACAACAGGCGCGGUAUGUCACCGUGCAGUCACACAAAACUAUGCCUUUGGCUGUUGGGAAUAAGGUAAUAAUGGCGUCACCAACAAAGCAGGGUGUGAAAUAUGCGAAAAAGCAAGAGAUGAUCGCAAUCAAGCCUAUGCCUGUGUUGCUACCUAAAGGAGCAACUCCAGUGUCAGCUGCCAAUAAAGUUGUAGUGAAUGCAAAUUCAUCACAGAAUGUCAUAUUAAAAACUACAGCACCCACUACUCAGGCGGUGAAAGACAACCAAGCAGAGCCAUCGCGAACACAAAUUCAUCAAAUAAAUGUACCUGGCAAGGGUAUUCAAUACAUUCGUCUUGUAACGAAUUCGUCGUCGGCGCCGGCUAAAGCGGUACUGAAACAGCAGCAGAAAGUCAUCACUGUACCGUCUAAAGGGAAUAUGAUGAUGUUGGCCGAUAAUAAAGGUAUGGUGAUAAAAUCUCAGCCAAAGUUGGUGAGAAUAGCGCCUGUUGGAAAAUCUCCAUUACCUGUAACGCAAGCAUCGCGUUCGUCACAAAGCUUACUAGCGCCUUUAUCUCCAAACAAAACGUUAAUAGAAAUGAGCGAAGAGAACCAACCGCAUAUAUACAGUGAUACGCAAGAAGCUGAAAUCGAUUCAAAGGAGGCUCUAAGGGCGCUAAUAGAGAACAGUAUGGGGGAUGAUGCGGGUGUAAAUCAUGAGGUCACUAUGGAGUUUAAGAAACGUGUGAGUUCAGAAGACGAGAACACAGCAGAUAGCAUGGAUCAAAUGGAUUCGAGCGUCCGAUCGGAAGAGCACCCUCUCAUUGUGAUACCGUCCAACUUUGAGCACAUUGUUGAGGUGCAGAGCGACUAUAAUAAAUCUACUGAAUCAGAAAAUAGCAUGUCAAUGAUAAAACGUGAACAAGACUCGAUGAACACAUUCGAAUCUAUGAACAAUGAACAAUCUUAUUCUGAGCCUGAAAUAGAAUCAACAGAUCUCGGCCUGCGGCCGCGCAAAGCGUGCAACUGCACCAAAUCGCAAUGUCUCAAAUUGUAUUGUGAUUGUUUCGCGAACGGCGAGUUUUGUAACCAGUGCAAUUGUAAUAACUGUCAUAAUAACUUGGAGAACGAGGAACUGAGGCAGAAGGCGAUACGGGGAUGCUUAGAUAGAAAUCCACACGCUUUUAAGCCAAAGAUUGGUAAAGCAAAAGCAGGCGGGCCUGAAAUCGUGAGGAGGCAUAACAAAGGAUGUAACUGUAAGAGGAGCGGCUGUUUAAAGAAUUACUGUGAAUGCUACGAGGCGCGCAUAGCGUGCACGGCGAUGUGCAAGUGCGUGGGGUGCCGCAACGUGACGGACUGCCUCGAGCACGGCCGCCUCGAGCGUCAGCGCGCGCCGCCGCCCUCGGCACGCGCCCUCCAAGCGGACAAGCAACCAUGCAGCUUCAUGACCAACGAAGUAAUAGAAGCGGUGUGUCAAUGCCUAGUAGCGGCCGCGGCGGAAGGCGAAGGGGUUAAAGAGGGUCGGAGUACCGAAGGGGUUUCGGGGGGU